GCUCUCCCCGGGCCGGCGGCAUGGAGGAGCAGGUGGCGGCCACCCGCGCGCCGGGAGGAGCGGAGGACGGCGGCGCGUCCGCGGGCUCGCCGACCCUGGAGGCUGGCAUCGAGGCGGAGGCGGCGGAACUGCUGCCCUUCUUGAUGCCCGGGGCGCGAGCAGAACUGCAGGCUGAGGCUGCACGGCACGUGUUGGCGCUGACGGGCUCCGGGCCGGGCCGCGCGCUGCUAGCAGGGCAGGCGGCGCUGUUGCGGGCACUGGCUGAACUGGCGGCAGCUCCGGUCCCGGCUCCGGCCUGCGAUGCCUCUCGCGCGCUGGUGAACCUGGCGGCCGACCCGGGACUGCAUGAACUGCUGUUGGCGGCCGACCCCGGCCUGCCUGCCCGCCUGCUGGGCCGCGCGUUGGAUCCACAGUGGCCCUGGGCGGACGAGGCGGCCGCUGCGCUGUCCAACCUCAGCCGCGAGCCGGCGCCGUGUGCUGCUGUAAUGGCGGUGCUGGAAGCCGCGGAGCCGGGGGAGCCAGUCCUGGAGCGCUUGGUGCGCGCGCUGUGCACGCCCGGCUACAAUGCCCGUGCGCCCUUGCAUUACCUGGGGCCCCUGCUUUCCAACCUCUGCCAGCGGCCGGCGGCGCGUGCCUUUUUACUGGACCCAGACAGGUGCAUGAUUCAGCGGCUGCUGCCUUUUACCCAUUACCCAGAUUCCUCCGUGCGCAGGGGCGGAGUGGUGGCGACGCUAAGGAACUGCUGCUUGGAGCACCGACACCACGAGUGGUUGCUCGGUUCCGAGGUGGACAUUCUCCCGUUCUUGUUACUUCCACUGGCUGGGCCUGAGGACUUCUCCGAGGAGGAGAUGGAGCGGUUGCCUAUCGACCUGCAGUACCUGCCUCCUGACAAGCAGCGAGAACCUGAUGUCAACAUCCGCAAGAUGCUUAUUGAGGCCAUCAUGCUGCUGACAGCCACAGCGACAGGUCGGCAGCAGGUGCGGGACCAGGGCGCCUAUCUGGUCCUUAGAGAGCUGCACAGCUGGGAGCCAGAGCCUGCCGUUCGGGUGACCUGUGAGAAGCUCAUCCAGGUGCUUAUUGGGGAUGAGCCAGAACGUGGCAUGGAAAAUCUGCUGGAGGUGCAGGUGCCCGAGGAUGUGGAAUGGCAGCUGCAGCAGCUGGACCGCCAGGAGCAGGAGCAGUGUGAGCAGGAGCGGGAGGCGCAGCAGCUGGCACCAGAGCAACCGCGGGAGAGGCCUGUUCCCCGCUGAGGCCUCUGCAGCCUCCACCACCUCCAGGCCCACCUUCGCUCCCCACAGGCCUCUCUGGACCCCUGAAUGGAAGGCUGUGUCCUGCUAAAAGGUGGAGCUACAUUUAGACUCCAGGUGCGAGCUGAGGACUCCAGUAAUGGCGAGUGUCCAGUAAACAUUAGGGCAGCUGAGGGCACCUCCCCAUCCUGUGCCCUGUGGCCACCAGCAGGAGGUGCAGGUCAUCAGAAGAGCACCGGGCUCUCAUCUGCUUCCACAUGGGAUGGGGGUAAUGGGGGGAUGGCCAGCGGAGCCACUGGACAGAAAAAUAUUCAAGCCCUGAGGGGCCAGCUGGAGCCUCCCAUGUUGAGGGCACCGCAGGGGCCUGGAUGGAAGCAGUACCCCAUCCUGUCAUCCCCACCCCAAGUUCAUCCUGGGCCCCCAGGCUCUGCCUGCCUGACACCCAGCCUCAGAGUGGGCCUUUAGUGACUUUCCUGCUGUUCCAGGCCCACCUGGAUCCUGUCCUACGUCUGCUUGGGGCUGUGUGCCCUUCCACACCUGCACUGGCUCCCCACUAGCCUGUGCCUAAAGUGUUUACUGCUGCUGCUUCCUUCUGUGACUUCCACCUCCCCUUCGGAUCUGUGCCCAGGGCCCUGCCCUUAGCUCUGCCAGCUCCCAAGUCCUCCCGUGUCUAAGCCUGUUGGCCUGGCUCCCUCCCUCUCCCCUCUUCUAGGCCCUCUCCCUGGUCAGCUCCCUUGAGCCUUAGCUGCUCUUCAAGACAUUCUAGACCCUCUUCCCAGAGCCCUUUGCUUACCUCUGCUGAGGCUUUCUAAUAUGCCUAUGGUCCUACCCUCUGCCCAAGCCUGUCCCCUUGGAUCCCACUAUGGGCUCCAUUCGAAUCCCCAGUUCUCCAGCUGCUGAGGCCCCAGGCUGCUGUAGUGGCCCUCCUCCCAUUCUGCUAUCUUCCUGAGCCAGACAUCAAUGCCACCUGCACGUGACCCCUAAGAUUUGUCCUUUCCUCACCAAUGGGCCCCCAGGGACCCCGUACUGUGGUACCAGCAUGUAGCUUGUCUUCCCUGCUGACCAUGACUGGGGCCUCCCUAACGCCCCCACUGCAAAUCCUUAAUCUCAAAGCUGGCCAGCAGAACUGGGCACCAGAGAGCUCCCUCCAUGUCCCCCACGUAUAGCUCUCCCAUUAAAGCUCUGGCACUCUA